CCAUUGGCGUUGAACAAGAACGCCUGAGCCUUUCGAGAAUUCUAUCAUCAUCAGCCCAUUGUUUAAUGCUACGGAGUACUACCUCGAUAAUUCCAUUCAUUUGUAAUACAGACCACCAGUAUUCAUACAACAAAGCGGGAUAGUAGACAAUCGUCCACYGGAACACCAGCCAAUAUGACAAAACGGGAUCCCUUCCCAAUGACCUCCAUGGAGGCAAAGGCGUUGGAGGCAUCUGUUAGUACCAACCCAGGCAGCAAUGGAACUCCAGAUGGGGGUGAUGCAUCUGGUGAAAACACCUCUACGUCGUGGUCCUCGAUGCCGUUAGAGAGUGGCAGUAGCGGUGCUCCUUCUGCCACAGAUAUCCGUGGAGACGAAACAGACGACAAGAGCGAACUCGUGGCAAGRAAGAAGUCCAUUCGCAAGGACGAAGAAGAAGAUAUUUACACCCACGUUGACAAGGAAGUGGUAGACGAAGACGACGAAGAAUAUUUAGCCGAUCCCGUUCUGGACACCCCGCUCGAAGAACUGAGGGGGGAUUGGCGGAAACGUUACACGGGACAAACCAAGAGAGCCUUUUUCAGGUUUUACCGACGAUUGUACGGAGACAAGUUGCCUCUGUCCGAGAUGAUGCGGACAYUGUGUUUGGCCAUGACUUUAUAUUUCAUGAUCGGUGGCUAUUGGAUGCUUCGAAGUUUGAARGACAGCGUGCUCAUGGCUCUUUGUGGUUACCAAGCCAUUCCGAAGGCGAAGAUGYUGUCUGUCUUCGUGGUUCUCGGCGUGGUUAGCGUAUACAAUCACCUGCUGGAUUCAGAUCUCGCRAAACACCAACUUUUUUACAUCUUUGGAACCUUCUACUUUUUCCUCUUCACGGCCAUUGCUAUGAUGCUCAUGAACCCAACAAUCGGCCUCGCUAACAAGUACCAGGAUGAGGGCAGGAUUUUGGGAUGGGUCAGUUAUUGUGCCAUUGAAUCAUUUGGAUCUGUGAUGGUCAGUCUGUUUUGGUCCUUUGCGAACUCGAACAUUAGUUUAGAAACCGCAAAAUCGAGCUAUGGAGUCAUGGUUGCGUUUGCGCAACUGGGGUCAAUUAUGGGCCCGGCCAUUGUGACUCGCUUCGCWGAAGAAUGGGGAAUCGCACAGUGUUACCUGUUGGGUGCUAUGAAUAUGUUGCUCCUUCAAGGAACCAUGUACUUUUACAUUCGAACCUAUGGKUCGAACGAAACGCGGUCGAAAGAUGGCGAAGUCGAUGAAUCGGGCAAAUCCAAAAAGAAAAAGGAACGAGCGGGCAUUCUGGAGGGACUCAAGCUAUUCUGGGAAUUCAAUUACGUGAAAGGAAUCUUUGCUAUUAGCUGUUUAUUCAUGGUGGAAGUGACCAUUGUUGACUUCACGCUCAAGGUUCUUGCGAAGGAAUAUUUCUCGGAAGAGUAUCCAUGCGAAAUAUCUAACCCCGAUUGCUACAAUGCCGAAACCAAGGUAUUCGGACUGACCGAGGAAGCCUCCAAUGCCAUUGCGUCGUUCAUGGGACUCUUUGGAGUCGCUACCAAUAGCCUUUCCUUCAUUUUUAGCUUGUUGGGAACCAGCGCAGUCAUUCGAAAGUUUGGUCUUCGCCUGACGCUUUUGCUCUUCCCUACGCUCUGCCUUGUUGUUAUCAUCGUUGUCCGACUGAGACCGACUCUGUACGUUGUGUUCUUGGCCAUGAUCAUGCUCAAGGCGAAUUCCUAUGCGCUGAACAACCCCACAAAAGAAAUGCUAUACCAACCCACCUCCAGCGCGGUACGCUACAAGGCCAAAUCAUGGAUCGAUAUCUUUGGGGCCCGCGGUUCAAAGGCUCUCGGUAGUGUGGUAACCAAUGCAUUUUCGGAUUCCGCGACAACCCUCGUGGCCAAUGGGUCAAUAGUCGGUAUGGCCGUCUCUUGUUUCUUGAUAUGGAACGCCCGUUUCAUGGGGAAACUCUUUGAGGAAUACACAGAGUCUGGGUACGUGGUUGGAGAAGAAGACAACCCGGAAUCCAAGAACAUCCAAAUGGCGAUCGCACAAAACGAGCGCGAAGACACAAGCUGUGCCAUUGAGGGCGAAGGUGAGGGCGAAGAGAAUGAUUCUGCAGAAAAGCCAAUAAGAAAGGCUGAGGUCGCCAUGGUCUAGCCAGAGCAUUAGAAAUUUGAAAAUAGUAUCUUCGGGGACAUUUUGUACACGACUAUCGAUUUAAUUUCAUAGAGAUAAAUUGAUUGAAUAUUA